AAAGUCUGAGUUAUCGAAUCUUUCUAAAAGCAACGUGAAAUUGCGAGCCUUUAACACGACUCUGUUUUUUUUUUCCAUUUUAACAAUUCUUACGUUUUGAAAUAAUGGUCACUGCUACAACUAAAUCCGCACCAACUGCUAGAUUAGAACAGAUCGAUGCGUUAAAAGAGAGCAAAAAGUUGGAAGAAGCUGUCAAUUCUUAUAAAGCCAUUUUGAACGAAAACUCUACAUCAGACGAAGUAUCAAGAGAAAAGGAAUAUGCACUUGGUCAGUUAGGUCAGGUCUACAGAGACCUUCGAUUACCUCAAGAACUUGCACAACUUAUUCGCUCAUCACGUCCUUUCAUGCUAUCCAUUGCCAAAGCAAAGACUGCCAAAUUGACUCGUACACUUAUUGACUACUUUAGCGAUAUUCCCAACUGUUUACCACUUCAAAUCGAAGUUUGCAAGGAGAAUAUUGAGUGGUGUAUUGAAGAGAAGCGUAUGUUUUUGAAACAAGCACUUGAGACUCGUUUAGUAGCUCUCUAUUUGGAAAAUAAGAUGUAUCACGAAUCAUUGAAUUUGAUCGCUCAGUUGUUGAAGGAAUUGAAACGUUUGGAUGAUAAGAUGGUACUUGUCGAAGUUCAGCUACUCGAAAGUCGUGUCUGUCACGCGUUGAGAAACAUCCCAAAAGCCAGAGCUGCGCUCACCUCUGCACGUACUUCAGCCAAUUCAAUUUAUUGUCCACCAUUAUUACAAGCUGCUUUGGACAUGCAAUCUGGCGUUCUCCACGCUGAAGAAAAGGAUUAUAAGACAGCUUACUCCUACUUUUUUGAAACAUUUGAAGGUUACUCUAGUCAGGAAGAUCCUAAGGCUAUUUUAGCUUUGAAAUAUAUGCUAUUGUGUAAGAUUAUGCUAAAUUUGACAGAAGAUGUUCACUCUAUCAUUGGAGGAAAGGUAGCAUUGAGAUAUGCUGGCCCGGAAAUUGAAGCAAUGAAGGCAGUUGCCAAUGCACACAAAAAUAGAAACCUUCAAGAGUUUGAAACAGCUUUAGCAACUUACACAAAUGAAUUGAACAACGAUCCCAUCAUUCGUACACAACUUGCAGCCUUAUAUGAUACACUUUUAGAGCAAAAUUUGGUUCGUAUUAUUGAACCAUUCUCUCGCGUCGAAAUCAGCCAUAUUGCCGAAAUGGUAAAACUACCUACACAACAAGUCGAAGCAAAGUUAUCACAAAUGAUUUUGGAUAAAAAAUUCCAUGGUAUUCUUGAUCAAGGCGCUGGUUGCUUAAUUGUGUUUGAGGAACCUGAAGAAGAUAAAACCUAUGAAACAGCUCUUGAAACUCUGAAGCAAGUUGAUAAAGUUGUAUCCAGUUUAUAUCAAAAAGCUGCUGAACUAUCAUAAAAUAGGGGAUAAGCAUAGUAGAGUCUUAAGGAUAAUAUAUCAGUGAGAAAUAAAUAAGCAAAACAGCAUAAAAUUCAAAAUCUGUCUCCGUAUCUGUUGUGCU